AUGCGACGAAUAAUUGGGUCACAUGCAAAAUCGCUUUUUCGAGCCGCAAAAACAACACGUGGAUUCUCGAGUGAAGCAUCGACUUCUGAAACAUCAUCAGCUCCGCCAAUUUUGAGACCCGAUUUGAAUUUUGAAUUUUUGUUGGAUGAUAAAAAUUUGGAGGCAAUCAAAGAGAAUAUUCAGUGAGUUUUGAUAGAAAAAUUGAUUUAAUUUAUAUUGACAUUAAAAAUAAGAUCAGAGCUUGAAUAUUCAAAACUUAUAAAACAAAAUAAAAGAAUUUUUUAAAAAUACAGAAGUCGAAAAGGUGUUGGAAACAUUGAAAAAGUUCGCGAAAAAUGGUCAACAAUUCAACAAUUAAUGCAUUCCGGAAAACCUGAAAUCGGCGCUCAAAAAAUCGACGAAACAAAAUAUGAACAAUUAUGGAAUGAAUUAUAUGAAGAAGCAUUGCUUAUUCCAAAUAUGACACAAGAUGGAGUACCAAAAGGAUCAGAAAAUGAAGCAAAAGUUUGUUUUUCGUUAUUUCAACAACAAAUAAUUUUGGCUUAAAAUAUAUAAGUUUUUAUAUUUUCAGACAAUUGCAGAAUGGGGUGAAAAACGAGAAGAUGAAGCACUUUUGACUGCUGAAAAAUUGGUGCAAUCUUGGCGGGCACUUUUACAUCCAAAUGAGGCUUGUGGGCAAAGAAGUUAUGUUUUCCUAGGUAACGGAACAAUUCUGAUUAAAAAACACCUGAUCAAUUUUCCAGGGGCCCUUGCUUCUUUUGAAAAAGCGCUUCUCGAAUACGCCUAUGAAAGAGUUUGUGCACUUGGAUUCCGGCCAAUUACAGUACCUGAUAUUGUAUCUGAAGAAAUUACAUCGGCUUGUGGAUUGAUGCAAACAUCUGAACAUCCAAUACAAUAUUCAUUGCAAAAUUCAAAAGAAUCGCAUUUGAAAUUGUCGGGAACUGCUGAAAUGGGAAUUGCCGCCUUUUUGAGAGGACGAACUUUUGAGGAAUCACAAUUGCCGAUUCGAUUGGUUUCAAUGAGUAGGUCAGUAGGAUUUUGGAGAAGAUCAGGGUUGAGGAAAAAGGAUUACUGUAGAAAUUAGACAUGGUAAAUGCAACACAAACCACAAAUUUCAUAUCUUUCAGAUGUUUCCGAACGGAGAUCUCAAAAUCAGCCAGCGAAGCAAAAUUAUAUCGAGUUCACGAAUUUUCAAAAGUCGAAAUGUUUGUAGUUUGUACUCCUGAACAAUCACAAGCUGAAUUAGAUUAUUUGGUUGAAAUUCAAAAAGGAACAUUUCAAACUUUGGGAAUACAUUUCAGGUAUUUAUUUUUUUGUUUUCCGAAAUCAUUCCCUUUUAGACAACUUGAAAUGCCAUCUGAAGAACUUGGAGCAUCGGCUGCGAAAAAAUAUGAUAUUGAAGCUUGGAUGCCCGGAAGAAAAUUGUAUGGAGAAGUUUCGUCGGCGAGUAAUUGUACAGAUUUUCAAGCAAGGCGAUUAGGUAAGAAAUGUUAUAUUUGUGACUAGAAAAAGAAGAUUUACCUGUAGGUAUUAAAAUGAAAAACAAAGAUGGAGAAACAUUUUAUUGUCAUACUUGUAAUGGAACUGCAUUAGCAUCAACAAGAACACUUAUAUCAAUAUUGGAAACUUUUCAAAAUGUUAGUUUCUAUAUUUUUGGUGGUAAUUGUUAUUUUAAAUCAUCAAUAUUUCAGAAUAAAAAAGGACUUGGAGAAUUGCCAGAACCAAUUCGAAAUCGAAUCAAACAACGUGGAAAUGCUUUGAAAUUUCAAACUGCUAAAUCAUUGAUUUGA